CAUGGUGCUUUAGCUGUGAUAGAUGCAAGAAGAGAUACCAAUUGGAAUGGGAGAAAUAAGGUCACACCACCUUCCGGUGCUCUCAAAUCUCCUUGGGAAAAGCAAACGUGUGAAUCCUUAUCGGACACGAACCUUCAGAGAAAACACCCGGGAGAUCCACCUCCUCUACAAUUAUCAGGAAGCAAUCCUGCUUUCACUGGCACAAUUAGUAGAUCAUCGAUGAGCGUUGCUACUACUCAGAAUUCGCUUCUUUCACUCCCCGGCAAGAAAGGAGUUCCGCACAUCUAUCACGAUUAUUCGAACGUCCCAGAUACAAUAGGCGUAGUUCGAAAGAAGACAGGUGGAGUAACCCAGCCUUUUCCAGAAAAGUUGCAUUUGAUGUUGGAUAAUGACGAUGAUCCUUCCAUAGUAAGCUGGCUUCCUCACGGAAGAGCCUUUUUGGUACGAAAGCCAGCAGAAUUUACAGCUCAAAUCAUGCCAAAGUAAGACUAUUUCUAUUGCUUUUUUGCUCAACUGUUGGUUACUUUGUUCGUACAGUCACUGAAGCUCUGGUAAACUCAUACAUCCGACGAUAUUAUUUGAACUACGAAAUUUCUACAGAUACUUCCGCCAAACCAAACUGACAUCUUUUCAGCGACAGGUACGCUCCUCUACCAUAUUUUUGUAUCCUCUAUCAAGAAAUUCUUCAUUACGUGAUGGCAUUUAUAUCCCAUAACUAACACAUUCUAAUCUUUGUUGCUCCAUGGAUUACUUAGCUGAAUUUGUACGGAUUUCGGAGACUAACGCAAGGCGCUGACGCUGGAGCAUAUUAUCAUGAAUUGUUCUUAAGAGGACGCCCUCAACUGUGCUUACGAAUGCAAAGACAGAAAAUCAAAGGGACUGGGCACAAGCAGGUGCGUUAUCGUAAAAAUAGGAAUAAUUUACUUCAAAUUAU